AUGGCUGUCCUCAUCGCGGAGCUCAUCCUCAGAUUCACAGGUCAGUCCAGUCAACGAACCCAGCCCAGCUCGGGGUAUCUGUAUCUCCCAGCCCUGGAAAGCUUGAAUCUGGCGACGGCGACGGUGGGGCGCGACUUGCAAGCUAUUUUUUAUGGCUUCAACAUUGCCACAGUUCUGCACUGUCACUCCCAUAGUCCCAUUGUUGCCAAGGCUGCUUUGGAAGCUAUGAAGCCAAUGCCGUGGAGCAUGCCAUGGACUACAAUGUGCAUGAAGGCAGACUAUACCACUCCUGUUGACUCUGUUGCCACCUCGGAGCAAACAGGUGGCGAAACUGAAGAGCCAGCCAUUGUACCACCUGCUAAUGAGUAUACAGUGCAGGAGGCUGCUCCUCAACAGAAGUGUGCAAAGAUACACGACUUUUGCCUAGGGAUACCUUUUGGUGGAUUUUUAUUCUCCAUGGGCCUUGUUGGAUUUCUGUUUUGGAGGAGCCCUGCAAGUCUUACUUUUGGUGUUGCACCUGGCCUUGCUAUAUUGGCCCUGGCUGUACUUAGCCUUAAGGUCUGGAGGAGUGGAAAGUCCAGUUUACCGUUCAUACUGGCGCAAGCAGGCAUUGCCGCUGCGGUAGCAUGGAAGCACUGCCAGGCAUACACCGCUACGAGGAAGCUGCUUCCGUGGGGCUUCUAUGUCGCACUGAGUGCUGCAAUGAUCUGCUUCUACUCCUAUGUUGUUCUUGCUGGAGGGAAUCCACCUCCUAAGAAGGCAAAGGCUGCUGCUUGA